AUGUCAUUCAAACUUCCCUCUUUUGAUCUUAAAUCGAUCCAGGAAUCGCUCCCCAAGGUCGACCUUGACAACAUCACCAAGUCAUUCCAGAACAGCGGUAAGGCUGUCCUGGAGUACCUGGAGCUGUUCAAGGAGUCUAUUCAGCCCUUCACUACCAAGACCCAAAACUUGAUCUCCACCCAGUUGCACCAGGUCCAACAAUUGGCUCACACGCACAUUGGCUCCAACAUUGAGGUGUCUGAGUUGCCUGAAGACUAUUUGGAUUUGGAGAAGAGCUGCGAUUUGUUGUUGAAGUUGUACACCGACUUGAUCCAGUACACCAACGAGACCUAUGGCGUGGUGAGCUAUGACUACCCUCCCGGCAACACUGCCAUUUCAAAGAUCCGUGAUGCCAACGUCGGUGGGAUCUUCUCCAGCAAGUUCAACCAGUUGAAGAACGUGUCUACUCCUCAGGAAAUGGAGAAGGUGCUUAUGGGUGGCGCUGAGGAGAAGCCAGAGCAAGAUGAAGGUACCGUUGAGGUCCAGACCAUCUCUGCUCAGUUGCCCAAAACUCUCUACGGCCAAUUAGCCACAAUUGCCAGCAAGCACAGCGAGGAUUUCAGAGAGUCGUCCAACACCUUGUCGUUCGCUCUUUUGAAGAUCUCUUCUACCUACACCGAGGUGGCCACCUCCAGAUUGGAGCAAGACAAGAAGGUCUUGGCCGAGUUGAACCAUGCUUUGGUCAAGAUUUUGAACGAGCAGUUCAUCAAGGUCAACGAGUUGAGGAAGCGUGUGUACAGCGCUAGACUGGAGUUCGACUUGGCCAGAUCCAAGAAGAGUGGCACCCCUCAGGAUGAGGAGGACGACGACUUGAUUGCCAAGGAGGACGAGUUGGUGAGUGCUACUGAGGUGGCAGUGUUGGAGAUGAGAAAGCUUUUGAAGCCAUCCAAGAAUGUCGACCUCUUGAAGGUCUUCAUUAAGAUCCAGAAAGAGCAUUUGGAGGUGAGUGCAAAGAAGUUGGGCUCUCUUUUGUCGGAGUUGGACAAGAUUGAGUUCAAGGACGAGGAUGACGAGUAG